UCUGGGAUUAGCUGUAGCCGCAGGUAAUAGCCAAACAUUGGGAGACUCACGGCAACACAACACUUAGUUUUACCCCCAAAAGGAGUCGACACGAAUAAGUGGAGUCGCGUUUUUCGGUCGAGGAAGCCCACUUUAGGUCUGCAAAGUUUGUUGUUUCGUGGAAGCAAAGUCACCUGGAAUUCUGUGGGCGGUGGAAAUCCGUCUUUCUUUCUCUGUUUGAGGCGCUAGCAGAAGUUUUCUGUGUCAGACUUCCGCGGUUUGCUCGCCGAACAAGUUAUCUGGGAUAAAAGCCGACAAGUGUUUCCUCUUAUGCGGUCCCAGGUAUUCUGAGCCAUGCCUGGCCACAGCACAGGGGCUCCCCAGACGUCCCGCCACCACCACCACAAACACCACACCUCCGGCUCCAGAGCGGAGAAGCACCGACCGGGCCGGACUAUCUCCAGGGACAGCAGCCAGGACUCCUACAAGGACCCUCAUGGGGAGCAUCUACACGAGCACCACACUGACCACUCCCGGUAUUCACAAGAGAACAAGUAUGGGCGCAGCAGAGGCCACCCGCGAAACGGCACGGGUCGGGGCUCGGAGACUAUCGGAUUUAUUCCCGGGUCGGCAGACAACACGCCCACCAGCAGACAUGCCUGUGGCUCCUGUGCCUCCAUGGGCUGGAGUGGCUGUAAGGCUCUUAUCUGCUGUGUACUGACCUGUGGAUUUUAUGGCAGCAGAGAGCCGUGCCUGCCUGUUAACGAGAGCUCCACAGACCAUCCCCCUAAAGCCGGCAGCGAGCCUCACCCUCCUAACGGCAUGGCUCUGACCAACCCCACCUGUGGCGUCCCUUUGGAGUCCAGCAAGCCGGCUAAACCUUCAAAAUUGCCCAUGAGUGACAGUUUCCGCUACCCAGAUGUGCGCAUCGCAGGUCAGACAGUCCGGUAUCAGGUGGCCCCCUCUAAACGAACCCGUACACCUGGCAAAGGGGAAAGCCAGCGUCCCGUCAGCAACACCAGCCUGUUAUCCCGCGAGGACUACGACUUGGACGACCUGAGCGACACGGGCACAGACAUUGACUCUCUCAUCACCAAGAAGCUGCUGGAGCUCUAUGCCCUGCACCAGAUCGACCAGCUGGCCAAGUGCACCUCCGACUCCUCGUUCUCCCGCAAGACCAACGAGAUCAGCGAGCUCAUCUACAGCAUCGCUCAGGACUACAACCUGGAGGAGCAGGAGGCCGAGUGCAAGCUGGUGCACGGGGUCAUCCGCAUCAGCACGCGGAAGGGCAAGAGGAACAAGAGCCAUCAGUCGACGGGACAGCGUCCCAACGGGAGGAGCGACGGGACGCUCCCCGACAGCGGCAACGAGACCAUGAACACUUUCAUGAGCAGUGACUUUCCAGAGGUGAAAGUGUCAGACCAGACGCCAUCAGACGAGCUGGCGAGGAAAAUGAGACAUUACAGCGGGAGAACGCAUUAAAUAAAGCUCCUUCUCUCACAGCCUACUCCUCCAGCACCGCCACAGCGUACUCGGCCUACCACGGCACGGAAACAGACUCUUCAGGCGCUCCUCUUCUCCUCCUCUGAAGAGCGACACAAACGUCUCUGUACUGACAAGUGAUGUAGCCAACUAGAUGGACAAUGUUAUCCUUGUGCUAUCUUUUUUUGUUGUUGUGGUUGCUGUUACUGAGUGGAGCACCUUUUACCCUGGGCGGUGGUACUUCUGCUUUUAGUGGUCUGGCUCAUGUUUGCUGUCGGAGUGUCAAUUAAAUUCAUGUGCCUUUUAUGUCUCGUACUGAGGGAACAAUUAUUUUUUUAUUUGUAUAUGCAGUGUUUAAAGUUUUUUUCAGAAACAUGACUACACUCCCUGCAAUGUUAGCAGUCAGGCCAGAGGAUAUAGACUGAUAGUAGAACAUAACCGUCCUCAUUCUUGUCUGUGAUUGUUUAUGCAAGCCAUUGUGCAUGCACUGUAUGAAUGUAUGUAUGCAUGGGCUUAUUCCUGCCAUUUAGACUCUUUGAAAGCAGGUUUUGACCUGAAAACUGCAUUGCUAAGCCAUAUUUGAUGUACAUAUGUGUAUGCCAAUGUUACUCUCUGGGGUUUUAAACCAUUUGUGGCAUUUGGUCAAUUUUUUAUUCACAGAUGAGUCGUGUUUUUAACAAAAUAAAAAUCUCAAUGCUUG